AUGGUACUGGGGCACAGCAUAAGGAGGACGGGGAGCAAGCACGAGAUGGUUGUGCUUGUAUCGAAGGAGAUUAAAGAGGAGAGCAGGCGAGGGUUGAGGGAGGCGGGGUGGACAGUGAAGGAGAUUGAGCGGAUUCGCAACCCCAACGCAGUGAAGGGGACUUACAACGAGUGGAACUACAGCAAGCUGCGACUGUGGCAGCAGGCGGAGUACACCAAGCUGGUCUUCAUUGACUCGGACCUGCUCCUCUUGACCAGCGUUGACUUUCUCUUCUCAUACCCCGAGAUCUCCGCCCGCGGAAACGACGGCUCGGAUUUCAACUCGGGCGUGAUGGUCCUGGAGCCGUCGGAUUGCACGUUCGAGCUGCUGAUGGAAAACCUGGAGAGCGUGCGAUCGGCAAAUGGAGGGGACCAGGGCUUUUUGAACAACAUCUUCACCUGGUGGCACCGCUUACCAGACCGUGGUGGUGUUACCGUGAAUUCGAUUGCAACGUGCUGA